UGUUUGAAUCCACAUUUGUAUUCCGCAACAAGUAAACUAACCACUACUUAAGACGCGGUGAUGUCUCCAUAUUGAAUCCCGUGAACCAGAACGUCAUGCCCGCUCUUAUGUGCUUCCCGCUGCGACUGAAUCGAAUAUUAUCCCUCGACAUUUACGGGCUUUCUGUUCAACAUCACGCGAAUCAGUCAAAUCGAGGUGAAAAGCAGGAGUGGGCCUCGGGCGACGCACGGCAUAAGUUGACACACGUGAACUUGUUGGGCGUGCACUCGGAGGACGUCGGGAAGCGGGCGCAGCAGCUGCGGCAGUGCUCGAGGCACCACUGUAAUGCAUUUGUCCGUCAUCGCGCGGACUCAGCGGAUGGGCGGAUGGGUGUGACGUACGUCGACGGGCCCUUGCCCGGGGCAGUCUGCGGACUGAGCGAGGACGCCCGUAGACGCGGCGAGCAGGGCGAGGGUCGAGAGAAGCAGGCUGAACCGCAUGUCGAUUUGUGUUUUUUUCGCGGGUGUCUCGGGAACCUUCCCCAGGGCUCAUCCCGUUCUUAUACUCGUCAAGCCUCCGUGGGCAAGUUGCGCCGGAGAUUUGCGGGCAAUCAGCGCCCGAUAGAUAUGUUUGUAAGUAUCAACGCACCGUUGUACACAGCGGUGGCAGAGAAGCCGUGUCUAUCAGUUGAGCCGAUUAGAUCAAAACCGGCUCGAGCGCGGGGGCACCGUGACGUGAUCGCUACUUGUGGUCUCCUCCACGGUCCAAUUGCGGCAACGACCCCGGCAAUGUGAAUGAAGCGCCGUGUUCUGUCGAUGCUGACCGCUGAACUUUAUCUCACACUCGUAACAUGAAGGGGAUCCGGUCCGCCUCGACCCGUCAGCCCAGUCCACUUCAUGUCUGCGGUUCCAAUCAAGCUGAAGACGAUUCUCGAGAAAGGCCGCUCCCCGGACGGAUAGUUUCGAGGCUUAGAUUUGGCAUUACGGACUGACAACCAGUGACAAGAUGGCUUGUUGGACGACUCUAUCCGACUCUCGCAGUCUUUGAUUAGAUGGCAAUCAAUCCAUGGCUAGCCCGACUCAGGCCCAAUCUACACGAGUGAAUCCCGCCCAUAUCGUCGAUUUUGACGGGUCCUUUGCAUUUCGUGGUCAAGUGAUAUAUUUGCUCAAAACGGAUCAAUACCUAGAACCCUCAGCGCCCCACUGAAGCCGGUCAAUACCAAUCCACGUCGCCACCCUCGGGACGACUCACGGCAAUCGUUGAUACAGAGGAUCGGACUCGGGUGCGUGGCGCCGACGCACUCCUCGUCGGUCGGAUGAGCAGCGCAGCACUCGGCGCAGAAGUUGUGGCAUUGCUGCGCGGGGGAUGUCAGCCUCUGGGUCGAGGCGGCCGCGGGUGCCAGAAUGAGUAGUACUGACCGCGGCGGUCCCGUGCCCGAUGCAGACUGAUUGCCCGAGGAUGCGCGUCGACACGGUCAGCACGACCAGGGUGGACAGGAGCAGGUGGAAGCGCAUGGUUCGAUCUGCGGCUGCAGCGGUUUUGCCGUUCUCGCCAGCGGCUUCUUAUACUGACUGACUGCCCGGACUGGGAUGUCAUCGAUCAGAACAUGGCUGAGUGCGCGCGUUUUGACGGUCAGGCCCUGGAUGGCCCGUCACGACCUUUAUCAAGCGCACUUGAGCUGGUGUCGGAUAGUCUGUCUCUGACGUCUGGAAUUUCGCUCGACAUGUGCAAUGAACGAUACCGAGCCUCAUACUACAUACGUAACGAUCCUCAUAUGCUGACUACGCGAGUUCCGAACAUCAGCACCCGCGAGCUGUUGUGCCACAAAAAAAAGCACUCACGGCAAUCAUUGAAGCAGGGCGUGGACGUGCCCGGAUUGUGCAUACACUCCUCGUCCUGCGGAUUCGCAGCGCAGCAGUGCGCGCAGAGCGUGCGGCAUUCCUGCGGCCGUCGUGCGUCAGCGCGAACAGGAGCGUGGACUGGAAGCAGGGACUAAGGAGGACGACGGACCGACGGCGAUGAUUUGAAUGCGCAUACGCUUUGGCCGAGAGUGCGCGGUGUCGAGAUGCAGAUCACGACCAGGAAGGUCGAGAGGAAGAGGCAGGUCAAUCGCAUGAUCAGGGCUGGGUUUCAAUUUUUGAGUCGCAACGCUGCUGCUGCUGCUGACCGACUUGGAUGAUGCUUUCUCACACAGACGCUUUAUACGCGGACGUAAACACGAUGGCGCGUGACGAGAUGCCAAGCUACCGCUCGAACGCUCAGUCUGACGGACACUGCCCUGACUUGUUUAGCACUCGCGCGUAGAUCCGUCACGACCUUUAUCAAACGCUCCCGGACCGGUCUAACCACACGCAACACAAAGGGCCUCGGAAGCGAAAGGAAAAGUACAUUGAUUUCGUUUCGUUUCGUUUCGUCUCGUUCAUUCAGAUUUGUUUACGUUGUCCGCCGACAGCGCGCGGAGGUCGCCCUGCAGACUCCAGAGGAUGCGCUCCAUCCGGGCGUUUUCCGCGCCGCCGUGCCCCGCGCUCCCGAACGCGCUGUCCAUCUCCUCGAGCGACUUGCCGUACGUCUCGGGCAGGACCCAGAUCGCAAAGGCGAUACCCAUCAGCAGGAACAUGAGGAAGAAUCUGGGUGGGCGGAUGGGCAUCGAUGCCAUGCGGAGGGAGCGGGACUUACAGGUAUGUUCCGUAGGUUAUGGCGGAGAGCAUGUCGGGGACGACGACCGACACGACGAACUGGGCGACUGACAUCAGAUGAUUCCUUUUGGAGCAGAGCGGAACGAACAUUGGUCAUCCAGUUCGUCGAUGCGCCUAGAGCGACGCCGUGCGCGCGGGUGGACAGUGGAAACACUUCAGAUAUAACCUAUCACAGCCAUCAACGCUCAGCAUGCCCCAGAAAACCGACAACGACUCACAGUCCACGACACCGGCCCUGCCCCACCGCGUAAGCAAAUUCAACAUAUCCAGUUUCUUUUCGAGACGCACCCCACGACAUGCCGAAAAACGCUACAUACAACCACAGAAAUACAGCCGUCGACCAGGCCGCGGCCGUAUUUUCCCAGCGCGGCUGGUACGUCGCGGAUAGCGCUGCGACGAGGAUGAGCAUCGCUGCCAUGCCCGCGCCGCCCACAAUCAGCAGGGGCCGGCGGCCGAUCCGGUCGAUCGUCGCAAUCGCCGGGAGGGUGGAUAUCACGAACACCACUGCGCGGGUGGAUCAGAUGUGUGAAGGCGGGGGACUCUAGGUGGCGGCGGCGGCUGCGGCGUACCUCCGAUGACGCCUGCUGCGAGGAGCGACACGGUGUGUCCUGGGAGGCCGAGGGACUGGAAUAUCGUCGGGGCGUAGUAUACCUAGGCGGGCCGAGAGAGGCAAUCGAUCAGCGUCGACAUACUACGGCAAAUUCCAGUGUCGUACGAUUGCAUCGAUCCCGGUCCUGAGGAGUCGAUCAGUUCAGCGGACAGGCAAAAGGCGAAGAGAAGGGGGUAAAGUACAUUUGUUGGAAGAAUUGGGUGAGACACGCCACUGGGAGACAAGUCUGUCAGCCUGGACCCGUUCGCUGAUUGCCCGGUACAACGUACCGGCGGUUCGUUUGAACAUGUGCUUAGUUGCGAACAGCUCGCCGAACUGAGCGAUCUGCAAUUUCAGUUCCUUUCCUGCACCUUUGCCCAACAGGUGAGGGAAUCGCUCCGCGGUAACCUCGGCCUCUAAUAACAUCAAAAGCGACAAUUGAUGAAAUCAACCAGUCAGUCCUGAACACGGGCCAAAUACGACCACACCCACCAAACAUCGCCUCGGCCUGGAUCUCGACGAAUUCGAGCUGCACGAUCUCCGAGUCUGGCGGCAUGUUGCGCAGCCACGCGAGAGUCUCGAGCGCUUGGGCGUGGCGCCCCUUGCGGACUAGCCACCGCGGCGUGUACGGCAAUGUGAGCGUCAGACCGGCGAGGAGGAGGGCGGGGAUGCCUUGGCCGGCGAGGCAGAGCCGCCAUGAGACGGAAUUGGAGGCUGAGAUGAAGUUGGUCCCGUAGCCGACCCUGGUUGUUGGAUAAGCUAUCUGCGGCUUUGGAAAGGUAGAGAUGAGGGUCACCAGAAUGAGAUGCAAAUACCGGAAACGAUGGCCAGCUGUUGGAUUGAGACGAGCGUGCCGCGGAGCUCAGGAGGGGAGAUCUCAGAGUUGUACCUGGCGAGUGUGAGACUAUGGCCUCGAGGGCGCGGUAAAGCAUCGCGUACAAGGGUACCACUGCCGAUAGACUGCCGACCGCCCAGCCAAUAAAGAAUCUGCCGACGAACUGUGGGGAGUUGAAGAUAUGCGUGGAUUCGAGAACGAUGAGUUGAAUUACCAUCCAAGCGACAUUUUGCGCGCCGGUGGUCAAUGCGGUACCCAACAAACAUAUAAACGCGCCGACGAGCAGAGUCCACCGGCGAGACAGUCUGUCGCAUAGAUAACCCUUCAUGUCCGUGUCAGACUUGCGCAAUGGGGACUGGAUCAGCUGCUGCUGCGUACAUUCGAAAGUGCACCGGCCCAACCGCCAAGCCCCAGUGUGCUGUAAGUGCGUGUGAACGAGAAGCUCUGUCCUGUGCGAGCGACGGACGCACGAGACGCUCCACCCCUUGAACGACGAGUCGUGUGCGAUCCGGGCGAACUUGGGGUUGCUGGUGAACGCAUCCAUCACGAGGACCUGCGAAUACGCGCCCUGCUCGUAGCCUGCAGACGAGGGAUGUGUCAGAUGAGGGCACGAGUUCCCCGGCGGCGGGCCGCGCUGACCGUAGCAGAGGGCGCCCAAGGUGGUGGUCAUCGCGAGCCGGAGCAGCCGCGGGUUGUGGUACAGUCCAAGGAGGCCCGAUGGGCCGGCGAGCUCGGCGCGACGGGCCGCGUUGGUCGCUUGCAGCGCUGUGUGGUCCAUCGGGGGGAAAUGGGGGGCGAGAAGGGGGAGAACCGUGGCUGCCGGCACGUCUCGCUCUUAUAAAUUUAAGAAGACCGCGCGCCUGUCCCGGGGGGCGUCACCCGACUCUGGCACGGUGGAGGCUGAGUGGAGCUGUCGCUGACCCGGAAACCCAAAUGUGGGGCAGUCUCCUGACACGCGAGGAAAAGAACGAGUGAAAGCAUCAGAGAAGAUGAGAGGUCGGGCCUCGCGGUGAUGGCAUGACGUGUGGGGAUGGGCGCCGGGAUUAACCUUUUGACGCGCGUCGGUGACUUCAAGCAGCCGACGUGUGGCGGUGCGGGCGCCUUUCGCUUUGGUGCGCUGGGGAGGAGCUAUCGAUUGGGUGCAGGAUGAAAUAUUUGUGUGCGUCAUGUUACGAUGGCGGAGAUGUGAUAUAUGGUGAUACAUGAUGAUCUACAAGGUGUGUGAAGGACACGCUGAUGCAGGUCCGUCUACCCCGGAUGUUCAAAUCGCCGGACUGGUUACCCCACACUAUUUGCGCUGUCAUUCACAUGUCGCGCGGAUCGGGGGCUCGGACACUCGGUCCAGGGUCUCUCUAACAUGCACAUCCACUGCGCUCGGACAGUCACCCAACUGGUGUAAUCCGCAUGGGCAGGGAGCAAGCGAGUUUAACGCCGAGGGCUGCAGUAGGCAGUCGUGGGCACCCUCAUUCACGCACAGACAUGGCCGGUUUUACGACACUGGGAACAAGAUUGCUGCUGGUUACCAUCGUCAGAGAUGUCAGAUCGGGGCGGUAACCCCUGGAGAACUCGAUCGACGGUCUGAAUGGAUCGAUUGAGUGCUUGGGAGCGAAGCACCGAAGCCGGGAACAGGGCAGUGAGGCCGGAAAUAGUGCAGCGAGGCGACGAAGCGACCAAGGCUCAGGCCUCACAAGGUCGUGCAUCGAUGGUGCAGCAACGUGUCCAGCACGAGCUUGGGAAAGAACGAGAAACAUGAGUGAUUGGCUUGGCCGGGACGUGUUGCGGUACAUACAGCCGCAACUGAAUGGUGAUUGAGUCACUUGCGGCGACGCUUCCGAGCAACGGAGGGCUUGGGUCACGAGUCUGGCGAUCGCGGGGGACCGUUCCCGACUCGACUGGACUGGGGUUUUUCAGAUGCGAUCCAUAGAAGUCACAGAAAACACGCGAAAUGAGGGCAAGGAUGCAGCCAAACGCAAGACUGAGAUUGGGCAGGAUAGGCGGUUGAAAAUCGUGCUAGCCACGACUACGAGAGAAUCGACGGCCGGGAUCUUGGGCUCUUCCCAGAAAACCUGUAAAGGCAACAGCUGACCCGGAUUGCGGCUGUGCUGUGUGCCCGUGUUUGCGGAGCUUGAAAAAACGACGCUGCUGAUCAGUAAUCUCUACUUUCUCUUCUUCCCCCCAUUCUGCCGUAGAGGCUUUUCAGCCAACCUAGAUAUCGCCCAUAGAGCGUUCUUUGUCCUGUUAGCCUUGUCCGCAAUCACCAGAGAUCACCUCUUAACGCAUUUCCCACUCUCAAGAAUCUAGAAAUGCCCGCUGCUACCCCCGCUCCCGCUUCCCUCAAGGACUUCGACGUCCAGAGCCUUUUUGGUGCCGACAAAGCCAGCCGUGACGCAUCGGCCGCCUCGCUUGCUGCGCUCGCCCAAAAGCAGGGUCCCUCCGCCCUCACUGGCGUCACGGAUGCCAUCAUCAAGGCUCUCGGCGACAAAAAGUCUCCCGCUGCCCGCGAGGGUGCCGCAGACGCCGUCAAGACGCUCGCCAAGGAAGGCGGCGUCAAGGCCCUCGAGCCCACUUUCAUCAGCUCUGGGUUGUACGCCGCACUCAUUGAGGGCUUCGCCGACAAGUUGCCCGCUGCCCGGACAGCGGCUGUCGAGGCUGUCCGCGAGUACGUCGCUGCCAUGAACCCAUGGGCCUCGCCCAACGUUCUCCCCGCUCUUCUUCACGAAAUCAAAACCGCCGGCAAGUGGCAGAUCAAGACCGGUUCACUGGUCGUCCUGAACCAGCUCGUCACCAGCGCACCGACGCAGAUGGCUAAGCUGACGCCCGAGAUCGUGCCUGUCCUUUCUGAGGCCAUCUGGGACACCAAGACCGACGUGAAGAAAGCCGCCCGUGAUUCGCUCACGAAGACUACGGCUCUCAUUUCCAACAAGGACAUUGAACGCUUUAUUCCGGCGCUUAUCAACGCUUUGAUUAAUCCCGUCGAGGAGGUUCCGAACACCAUCGCCCUCCUCUCGGCUACCACUUUCGUUUCUGAAGUAGAUUCCCCGACUCUCUCCCUCAUGGUUCCUCUGCUGUCUCGGGGUCUGACCGAGAAGCUUACCGCCACCAAGCGGAAGGUCGCUGUCAUCAUUGACAACAUGGCCAAGCUUGUCGACUCGGCCGUCACUGUCCGACCUUUCAUUCCCAAGCUGCUUCCGGGUCUGCUGAAGGUCGAGACAACCAUCGGUGACCCUGAAGCCCGGGGUGUCGUCAACAAGGCCAUCGCGACCCUUCGCCAGGUCGGAGAGGUCCCUGCUGCCAGCGACGGUUCGGACUUGCCUCCUUUGAAGGUCGCUGAUGCCGCUGGUCUCGGCGCAUCUCUCGGUGCCAUCUACAAGAAGCUCAACGGCACAAUCGACCUCAAGGACGUCUCGGCUGUCUACGCUGCUACGCUCGCUUCCAACCUCGUCAACCAGCGCAACUUCGAUGUCCCUGAGUGGGACCUGCUCGCACCGUACUUGGCUGCGGUCACCACCACUCCGGAUGCCAUCACGGUCGCACGUGAGUGGGUCGUCAAGUCCGCUGUCGAGGGUGAGGACGAUGGUGCCGUCGAAGACGAUGAGGAGGAGGGCGAGGACCUGUGUAACUGCCAGUUCUCGCUCGCCUACGGAGCCAAGAUCUUGCUCAACACCGCCACCCUCCGCCUCAAGCGUGGACACCGUUACGGUCUGUGUGGUAAGAACGGAACCGGAAAGUCGACGCUCAUGCGUGCUAUCACGAAUGGCCAAGUCGAGGGUUUCCCCUCCCCCGACGAGGUCCGCACAUUCUACGUCGAGCAUGAUAUCGAUGGCAGCGAGGAAGACACCUCUGUCCUCGAGUUCAUCCUGUCUGACAAGCGUAUCCUCGCCACUAAGGAGGAGGUCAUUGACAGUCUCGCCUCUGUCGGCUUCAACGACGCUCGUCAACAGCACGCUAUUGGCAGUCUGUCUGGUGGAUGGAAGAUGAAGCUCGCGCUUGCCCGUGCCAUUCUCUUCCGUGCCGACAUCCUGCUGCUCGACGAGCCGACUAACCACUUGGAUGUCAUCAACGUCGCAUGGCUCGAGAACUACCUCACUGGUCUCAAGACCUGCACUUCCAUCAUCGUCUCGCACGACUCCAGCUUCCUCAACAACACCAUCACCGACGUCCUGCACCUGAACCGCUUCAAGCUCAGGAGGUAUCGCGGCAACCUGGAGAAGUUCGUCGCCACGGUGCCGGAGGCCAAGUCGUACUACACACUGCAGGCCGCCGAGGACUACCGCUUCAAGCUCCCGGAUCCUCCUCUCUUGGAGGGUGUCAAGACCAAGGAGAAGUCGCUGCUCAAGAUGCGGAAAGUCGGCUUCCAGUACCCGACGCAGCAGGUGCAGCAGUUGUUCGACAUCUCGCUGCAGGUCUCGCUCUCCUCGCGUGUCGCUGUGCUCGGCCCGAACGGUUCCGGCAAGAGUACGCUCGUGAAGCUGCUGAUCGGUGACAUGGAGGCCAACAAGGGUGGCGAGAUCUGGAAGCACCCGAACUUGGUCAUCGGCUACGUCGCCCAGCACGCGUUCCACCACAUCGAUCACCACCUGGACAAGACCGCGCUCGAGUACAUGUUGUGGCGUUACCAGACCGGUGAAGAUUUGGAGGAGAUGACCAAGGCCAACCGUAUCAUCUCCGAGGAGGAGGCGCAGAAGAUGAAGGACGGAUCUGCCAUCGUCAUCGAGGGCAACAAGCGCCUGAUCGACGAGAUCGUUGCCCGCAAGAAGCUCAAGCAGUCGUACGAGUACGAGGUCACACUUAAGGGCAUGUCCUCCUCCGAGAACAUCUGGCUUCCCCGUGAUGAGCUUAUCAAGCGUGGUUUCGAGAAGAAAGUGCUUGAGGUCGACACCCGUGAGGCACAGCGUCUUGGAUUGCUGCGACCGCUCGUCCGUCGCGAGAUCGAGAAGCACUUUGCUGACUUUGGUCUGGAGCCGGAGUUCGUCUCGCACAACACGAUGCGUGGUCUGUCCGGUGGUCAGAAGGUCAAGAUCGUGCUCGGCGCUGCUACAUGGCGUCGUCCCCACGUCAUCUGUCUCGAUGAGCCUACCAACUACCUUGAUCGUGAAUCGCUCGCUGCCCUUAUCGAGGCGCUCAAGGUCUUCGAGGGUGGUGUCCUGAUCAUCACGCACAACCGGGACUUCUCCGAGUCGAUCUGUUCUGAAGUCUGGGCCAUGCGUGACGGGCGUCUGGAGGCAUCUGGCCACAACUGGGUUGAGGGCCAGGGCUCUGGACCCCGUAUCGACAAGGCUGAUGGCGAUGAGGAGGUCCAGUACGAUGCGAUGGGUAACAAGAUCGAGGUCAAGAAGGUCAAGAAGAUCAGCGCGUCCGAGGCUAGGAAGCUCAAGAAGGAGCGGAUGGCACGGAAGAAGCGUGGUGAGGAUAUCACUGACGACGAGCUCUAAUCGCUGCCGCCGGUUGUUUCAUGUUCUAUUAUCCCUCUGUCCAUGUUUCUGUUGUUCUUUACGCUCAAUGUUUCCGUACGCCGCAUCGCAUGUAUCCUGUCUAACGUAUUCGCCAUCGUGCGGGAAUGAAUCUACUACACACUUUCUAUGUUUCUCACUUGGCCACGCUAUCUGCUCUUUGAAAGGAUGAAAGGAUGAAUGCUGCUCAGCUGACUUGGGUUCUAAACUUGAAUGUAGCAGCGGUACUACUAUAUAAAAGAACCUGCCAGGGGGGUGAGACGACGCACUGUUGUCUGUCGAAACCAUGCGCUUCACCGCCCUGUUCUCUGUCCUCGCGGCCCUCGUCAUGCUUGACGUGCAAGCCCAGACUACACCGCCGGACCGUUCCUGCCUUGGGCAUGGCGAUGCAGUGGGCUGCGCGGAGUUCUGUCGCUCGUGCUGCGCCCUGUUCCCGAAUGCCGCCGAGUGCGAGAGCCUGUCUGCGUGCAAGAUUGAUUGUCAGGGACUGUAGCAUAACUGCGGAUCGUGUGGCGGCUCUGGCACGUUCGUGAGGUUGUACUUUGUGUAUCGGAAUUCGAAUGUGGGAUGUGAGGAAGCGCGUGAACCGAGGAUCCCAAUUUGGAACCAGACCCGAUACGGGGUGGUCCGUAUCGUA